UCAGCAUCAGAGAGAUGAACGUACACAGGGUUGUAAGCGAGAUAAUUGGCCAAAGCUUGAGCACGACUUCAAUUUACACUUUGGCCCCAAUGAAAUACGUUGACAACAUGGUGGUGUUAUUUGCUUGUACGGUCUUUAUGUACUUUGAGAAAAGGUUGUGCGGUGUUGUUAAGAGGUUUCAUUUUAGUCCGUUAUACUCGCACCAUAUUCUUACAGAUUAUAGGAAACGUCCACAGAAUCGCCAUGUAUUCACGCUUCAUAACUAUAACACUUAUUUGCGUUCCGAUCAUUUUGGACUUGAAGAAUUACCCACGGCGGACUUUUUGUUUCUGCCAUUUGUCCACGAUGAUCAUUGGUGGUGUUAUUCAGUGAAAUUGAGGUCAAUGGAGAUUUUUGUGAUUGAUUCAUUGGGGAAGGGGAUCAGAGACCGCAAAAGGAUAGACACAGCCGUUGCUGAAAAUAUGGCACGGUUUUUUUGCAUCCUGAUGAAUAUACCGGAAGGUAGUAUUGGUCCUUUGACAGUUAAACAAGCAAAUAUCCCAUCCCAACCAAACUUACAUGAUUGUGGAGUAAUAAUGUUGAAAGCAAUGGAAAUCUGGGAUGGAGAUGAAAAAUACAACGGGAAAAGCAUGCCUGAAUAUACAACUGAGGAGCUGCUUGGGAUUAGAAAGAAAUAUGUGUGUGACUGGAUCCUGGACAAUGAGAACAUUAGCAGAAUGGAAGCCCUACAUCUAUACGGCAUUGUCUAGGAUUGCUAAGAAAUUAUCAAAUUUUGACAUGUAUAAGAUGUUCAAAUAUGUACCUAAUGUUAUUUGACAAUUUUGACAUGUAUAAGAUGUUCAAAUAUGUACCUAAUGUUAUUUGACAAUGUACAGUAUGUGUUUGUAAUAAGAAUAGU